AUAUCCUAUCAUGGCGGAACUUUGAUAGGUUGUUUGUUUUCAUGCAGACGAAAUUUUCUGGAGCACAACUUCCCAGAUUCCGCGAAAUUCGCCGCAAAACUUCUCCGUGCAUGGACGACAGUGCCGGGGAUCGCCAUGUCGAGGAGAAAGCAGCAGAAUCCCACCAGACUUGCAGAAAGGGAGGGUGGAGAAGCAGGUCCCUCUACAGGACACAAUGACACGCCCGGCAACGGUUCCCUAGAUACCCAGAACCCCACCCAGCAACCCCAGCAGGACUCCCAGAACCCUGUCUUACAGAACUCCUUCCUGCAGCACAUCACCGACAUCCAGAAGCUACAGGAACAAACCCAGAGCCUUCUGAACAAUGCACAGAAGACACAGAACAUCUUAGACACACAAGCCAGCCAGAUGUUCAAGAUCGGUGUUCCCGGCGUCGACCAGUGUCACGGCCACCUCCACCCUUACGCCAGACCCGGUCCCAGCAGUCCCCCCGUCCGUACCAGCACCUCAACUGGUCUUCUGACAUCUCCCUUGGCGCAGCCGCCCUUCCCCGGGAAUAUAGGGUUCAUGCCGAUGCCCUUAAGCAUGAUGGGAUUGCCGUUGAGGCCUGGUAUGCCAAUCCCGCCGAUGUUAAGCCCCCUGAUUGGUCAUCCUGGUCUGUUACCACCUGUUGUAGGGAAGCCUCCUGUUGAAAGUCCCUCUGGAAGCCAAGGUGGAACAAGACAGCCAGCAUUACCAGGGGGAGGGGGGGCACCACAUGUCAUGGCAGGGCUACAGGAAGGUCUGACCUUGGAACAGCUGAAGGUCAUACAGGACAUUGUGUCCAAGUUUCCCAAGGAGAAGAGCGUGGGGCCAAGGAUUGUAGCACCGAGUCCUGAGCUGGUGCAAGCCUGGCAGAAUGCUUUACACAGUUCUUCACGGUCAACUGUUAGUCCCACCGGACAAGAGUCUGUAAAGGAUGGAAAUAUUGCAUCAGCACAAUCUGCUGAUCAAUGGCAGAAACUGAGCCAGUUACAACGGACGGAUGAACAGAUUCCUUCAGGUGGUAGAGUGAGUGAAGGAGGGAAUGAUGCAUGGGACAAUAUGGCGGCAGCCUUCCUCGGACAACAACAAGGGAUGCCGUUGGUUCACAAUGGUUCAAGUUCGGCGGAGUCAGCUGUAGGUCAGGAUGCAGCAGAUGCUGAAACCUUAUUGGCUAACGAAGCAAGCGCCGACAUGGAGCUCCAUUCUACAUUAGCAAAGGACAGGGAUGUGUUCUCUGCACCGAAGUCGCGUUCGAACUUCAUCCGGGCGGAGCGCGUAGGCAGCCUGGGGUAUUGGACGCCAGGCCGACCUCGGAGGGGGAGGACCUUCCACACCUGCCACAUCUGCGGCAAGGUGUUUCGCCGACCCAGUGAGGUGCAGCGUCACCUGCGAGUCCACACAGGUGAGCAGCCCUUCCAGUGCGACCUGUGCUACAGGCGCUUCAACGACAAGAGCAACUGGCGCAACCACAUGAUCCGGGUGCACCGGAUAGAGUCCCCCGUCUGGCCCACCUGGUCACAUGAGGCAACACCCAGGGACGACGCCUUCCUACAGAGAGCCUCAGACAAUGGGGAGAAUGAUGAGCUUUCUGAUGAGGCUCCCAACUUGGAGAGCAACACUCAAGAAAACAGCGAUGAAACACACAGUAGUGAAGUACAUCAUGCAGAAUCUACAGGGGCAACGUCUUUGGAAGAGGAGAGCCAGGCUACGGUUCAACAAAAAGGACUGGAUCUAUCUACAACUGUGAAGGAUGAGCUCCCAUCACCACAUGAGCUUGUGAAACAAGAGGAAGGGAAGGUGACAACUGAGUUGAUGCUGGACAAUGGGAAGGACAGGGGCUCAGGUUUUCCUCCUACUGAUGAGGUGUCUACAAAUGAUGAGGAGAUUACAGAAGACAGUGGCUGUAACAAUCAGGAGGAGCAAACUGGCUUACAAGAUGAGAUGAUGAGAGAGAAAGUGAAGACGGAAGAAUGUGCUUCUGAAAUGGUGACCAGUAAAGAAGGAUCAUCGUUACAAGUAAAACAAGAACCACCGUCUCCUGAAGAAAUGUCAGCAACCUCUGAGCAACAGUUCUUCUUUGAGCAAUCUGAAGAACAAGGUCUGGGGAUGGGACAAGGUGAAGGUGAUGACCAAGGAAGCCAAGACUCCUUAGAAGACACUGCAGACCCCGAGAAGAAGAUUUACCACUGCGAGACGUGUCAGAAGCCCUUCAGCAGAGUGGAUUCUUUAAGAAGACACAGGAUCCUCCACACAGGCGUCAAGCCGCACGGCUGCCCCUUCUGUCCCUAUAGAACUUACUACAAGGGGAACCUUAAUGUACACAUGGAGAGGGCUCAUUCUGCAGAGCUGCACGACAUCAAACAGAGAGAACUGUUCAAUUUUGGAACCCUUGCCGGCAACCAAGCAGUUUCGGCCAACAGCCAGUUUGUUCCUGACUUGAAUGUAUCAAACUCUAUCGUACAACAGCCAUCCAGCGGCACUGGCUUUUAUGGCAACCCAGGCCUAAGCAACCAGAUGUUUGGUAUCCAUAGCAACCAGUUCGUGACCAAUGAGGGGAGUGGACUACCAAAUAUGGAAGAGAUGGAUGAUGAAGAUGCAGAGGAUGCUAUGGAGGAGGAGGAGGCUAUGGAGGAGGAUAGUCAGACAACAUCCAGUCAACAGAUGGAGCCUGGAGUCUCUAACAUUUCACAGAGUUGCAAUGUUUGUGGCGAGAUGUUUGACCCAGACAACCUGACAGCAGAAAUGGUGCACCACGCCGCCAUGCACCAGACCAACAAAGUGUCCCACGAUGUGUUCUACUCCUGUAAGAAAUCUAACAAUCAGUAA